GCGUGCCAGUCUGUUGCUCAUGGAAGGUGCGCACUCACCGAGAGAAGCCCCAAUCGCCAGAUAUACGCAAAGGAUGUCGAGUAUUCGUUCACGCCUCUGCGCUGCCCGGAUUAUUUCUGGCACGUUCAGCGUCGCCGCGUUGCGAAGUAUGCUCGACUUGUUUCGGGGUCCGGGCGCGCAGAGCGCCAGAGGCAGGGCGAGAGGUCGGUGGCUCUGGGUAUAAAGCAGGACUAAUAGAACUAAGACAUGAUACCGUCAAUGGGAAAGGCCCAGAGCUCACAGACAGAAGCCACAGUUUGAUAGCCCUCAUCAAGGCGUGAUAUCUUCAUUCUUGGCUCUGCAUCCACAGGCAUCGGCCAACCAACCAAUCACAAUGUCUCAAGCCUCCGAAGCUCUCUUCCAACUCUCCCACGAGAGUGUCAAGCAGAGUGAGCCCUCGGUCAUGCUCGAUCGAUACAUCCGCACCCAGAGCAGCUCGGCACUGUCUGCACUGGCAACAACGGGCGUGGGCCGCUCCGGGGAGGAACGGAAGGCAGCCAUCUCGGAGCAGCUUGCGCAACUGCAAGCUGCAAUGGACGCAAAACGCACAGAGGAUCCAGCGUAAUACGGUCAUCGACAUAUCGGUUAGAGGUUGGCACGGGCUCGACGCAUUAUGGGACGGGAAGACUUGGGAAGGCGUAGUCAGUCUCCGCUCAUUGGCGUGUCCAAGGAUAAAGAACGGCUUGCAUGCUUGUAAAUACACAUAAACCAGAGGAAGCUUUGGUUUAAUAGCACUUACAUUUAUCCUUUUUU